AUGUUUGGACAAUCUAGAUGUCUCCACCACCGCUUCAACCCCAAAGCCUCCAGCUCCUUCCGGCCCAAUGGGACUAAGUUUGCCAUUCAAUACUGAACUGGCCGCCUAGAAGGCAUCCUGAGUGAGGACAAGCUGACUAUUGGGGGACUCACAGGUGCAUCGGUGAUUUUUGGGGAGGCCCUGUGGGAGCCCAGCCUGGUCUUCACAUUUGCCCACUUCGAUGGGAUAUUGGGCCUCGGUUUUCCCGCUCUGGCUGUGGGAGGAGUUCGGCCCCCGCUGGAUAGACUGGUGGACCAGGGGCUUCUGGAUAAGCCUGUCUCCUCCUUCUACCUCAACAGGGAAUGGGACCCUGAGGCAGCUGAUGGUGGAGAGCUGGUCCUGGGUGGCUCGGACCCAGCACACUACAUCCCACCCCUCACCUUUGUGUUAGUCACGAUCCCUGCCUACUGGCAGAUCCACAUGGAGCGUGUGGAGGUUGGCACAGGGCUUACUCUUUGUGCCCGGGGCUGUGCUGCCAUUCUGGACACAGGCACGUCUCUCAUCACGGGACCCACUGAGGAGAUCCGGGCCCUGCAGGCAGCCACUGGGGGAGUCCCCCUGCUAAUGGGGGAGGUGAGGACCUGGUGUCUGGUGGGUGUGCGCUGGGGAGGCUAA